CGCGGGCAUCGCGCAUGCAGCCCUCACCGUCAGUCGAGCACGCGCGAGUAGCUGGGCAAGUUGGAAAGCUGUAGCGUGAGCCGUCGAACGCGAUCGCGUGGCUGCCGGUUGCCCCAAAACCGCGCCAGGCCUGUGACAGCACAUUGAGAGAGCAGAGCUGUACGCGCCAACGAUGCACAGAGCAAGCACAUGGCUCCUGCUCGCAGCCUCGACGCGAGCCCUCCUAGCACCGCUGCGCCGCUUAGGCCUCAAGAAGCCGCCGGCCCCAUCCAUCGUUUUUGAUGAUGACGACUACGACCACGAGGAGAAUGUCUGGUGCCCGCUCGACGAGUGCGAGAUCCCGCCCGAGGCCUCGUCCCUAGAAUCUUCAUUGAGAAGGGACCGCGGCCUCCUGGGCAAGGCCUGGAAACGGCUCGGACGGGCCUGGCAGGGCCGCGGCCGCAAGCCGCCCGGCAAGCUUGUUUUAAUCAGACACGGCCAGUCGACUUGGAACGCCAACAAGACCUUCACGGGCUGGGUCGACGUCGACCUGUCGCCGAUCGGCGAGACGGAGAUGGAGCACGCGGCGCGGCUGAUGCUGGAACGAGGCCUGCAGGCGGACGUCGUGUACACUUCGGUACUGAAGCGGGCGAUUCGCUCCGCUUGGAUCUUACUCGCGGAGCUGGGCCAGACUUACCGACCAGUCGUCAAGGACUGGCGCUUAAACGAAAGGCACUAUGGUGCGCUACAAGGUAGGAGCAAAGUCGGUCUGGUCGACGUCCUCAGCCCGGCCGUGGUCCAAUCAUUUAGAGCAGGCUACGCUACUAGGCCUCCCGAACUCCCGGACGCGCAUGCGCUCUCAGCCACGAGAGAAAGAAAAUACGUAGGAUUACCGCGCGGCGAUUUGCCCAGAGCGGAAUCUUUAGAGGAAUGCCUGGAGCGAGUCGUGCCGGUGUUUCAAGAAAGAAUCCUCCAGGACUUGGACGAGGGUUUAGAUGUGGUCGUCGUGGCCCACGGCAACAGCCUGAGAGGCCUGGUGAAGAACAUCGAUGGCCUCGACGAUUCAGUGAUUGAACGAGUAGGGAUCCCGAAUGGUAUUCCAUUAGUGUAUGAGUUUGAUAGGGAUGACAGUGGUACCUUAAUACCGGUUGAAACAAUGGACAAGACCCAAACCGAUCUUUCAGGAGAGUUCCUCGAAGAGCGAGGGUUAUUGAGAGAGGCCAUCGCGCUCGAAAGGAAGGCCCUGCUCGAGCCGCCGUCCUGGGCGCCGUCGUCGCAGGACGCCGUCAGUUCUACUCUGGAGCAAGGUCUGGAGACGCUAGCUAGAGAAAGGAGGGUGAUGGCCUACGCGCAGCUCGGGACGAAUCUACCGCUGGUGGACCCCGUACCGUUAUUAGCCCAGGCACCCAUCAAGGUCGUGCCUUCUGUGGUUCCUGAUGCUGAUGCUAGAGGUGGUGUUGUGGAAGCUAGACCCACCCAACCGCAGGCCGGGCCGAUGGCGUCUAGGGAACGGCCUAGACGGCGUAGAAGUGUGAAGCCCCCGACGCCGGGCAAGCAGCGCCCUCCCCUCGUGAUUUUGAUACGGCACGGCCAGACGACGCACAACAAAUUAGGCUUAUUCACGGGCUGGGAAGACGCUCCGCUCUCGCCAGAAGGCCGGGCCGAAGCUUCAAGAGCUGGUGCUUUACUCGCGGCCCACGGCGUCGAGGUCGACGCGGUCUACACGUCGUGGCUCACGCGCGCCAUCACGACGGCGUGGCUAGUGUUGGCACCUUUAGACUCGCUCUGGGUGUCGAUCCACAAGUCGUGGCGGUUAAAUGAGAGGAUGUACGGCGCUUUGACCGGUCUGUCGAAGAAGAUGAUCGCCCAGCGGCAUGGGGAGGCCCAGUUCCGGAAGUGGCGGCGGGGGUUUGCGGAAAGACCGCCGCCGGCGUCGCCGUUUUCCUCAAAAUACCCGGGCAACGACGAACGCUACGUCAAGUACGUCCACGACCUCCCGAUUAGUCUGAGGCAGUCCUUCAUCCGGAGCCUGGGCCACGGUAAAAUAGAACUCCACCACAAACUGCCUAGGACGGAGUCGCUGAAAGACUGCUUGCAACGAACCAUACCUUACUACAGGGACACGAUCCUGCCCCAGACGGUGGCGCAGAACAGAACCGUAUUGAUAUCGUCGUCCGAAAACGCGAUUCGCGGGUUGCUCAUGGAUUUAUGCGACGUGCCGCGCGACGUCAUCAGCGACAUUGAAAUACCAACAGGUGUUCCGUUAGUAUAUGACCUCGAAUCGCGAUGUCUGCAUUUAUUUGAUGACGGCAUCCUCCCGAAGCCGCGGGACCGCUACGACUUCGGCGCGGCGGCGGACGUCAUUUUUAGACCGUGCGACGACGAGGAGGGCUGCCCGGUCGACCCGCACCUGUAUUUGGACGACGCGUUCUGCGAGGAUUCCGAAUUGGAUCGCUACGAGACGGAGGCCGCGGAGCGCGAGGCCUGGCAGCGCGUGUUGAACCUCGACGACGAGGAGUUCACGACGCACAUGUCGAGCUUCUACCGCCCGCCGGUCGCGGCGGACGCGACGCGCUGGGACGACGAGCCGCUGGAGAUCGAGAUCUGAGUUUCGUUGUCCGUCCCCCUGUUUAUCUAACUUUGUGAAUAUUUAAA